UUUCUCUCCCUAUCGUUGCGCUCCACAGGCAUCAAUCGCCGCUCGAAGAAUCGGAUCAUGGAAGGGGGAGGUAGCACCACGCCCUUCUACCGCGGCACCACCACCCUCGCCACCAACCCCGCUUCUGCUGCGAAUGGGGCGCAGAAAGGGGAUAGGGAGGCUGCCGUGGAUGCCGAGAUAGCACAGGUUAACAAGCUACCAGCCCAUAGCUCCUAUGCUAUACACCGCAUGAAGGUGCUAAACAAACUUCGACAUCUGUUGUCUAUCAAGAGGACGACAUCCCAAGAUGAGGAACUUGAACUUCUUUUUGCAAGCCUUUCAAUCUAAAGUGAUUCCUCGAUGAUAAGUUGAUAUUUUAGCCCUGCUAGGUGAGCGCAGUGUUCUGAUAUUUGUACUAUUAUGCAGCUAAUACCAUAUUUGCAAUAGCUUUCAAAGCCAAGGAGAUCCCGUUGCUUUCUGCACCAUAGGUUGUGGGGAACCUUUGCGUGAGAGUGUGGUUUGCUCUGCUCCUCUUGGCAUGGACGAUGUGGAAUGGGCGGAACAGUAUUGUAUUGUAUCAUAGACAAUCAGUUGUACAAGAUCGGAGGGUUGUAACUGUAAAUGAACUUAUAAAAGAUUAUAAGUCUGCUAAAUAACUAUGGUAUCCAAUGUUGCCUAGUUGGACUCUUGCUCACUUUUCAUUCAGGAAGUUCUGGAUUUAGUUCUCUGGUAGUAGAACAUGCACCGGUAGUAAGGAUGGUUCAUUCUUGUUGUAAUUGAUGUGGUGGGAACAUAAUUCCAGUGAGAAGGUCAUGUCCUC